CGCAAGCCGCAACAGUUCGCCAAUAGUCAAACCAAUGGCCGGCACGCUACGCUCCACACCACCUAUCCAGACCCACCGGGCACCUGGCCGUGCCCUCCGCUGAGUCGCGCCUCUCUCCCACCGGCGGCUGCGCCGCAAAAGCGCCCCCACCUCUCUGCGGUUUAUUGGGAGGAAGAUGGCUGGAGACGACGACGCCGAGGCCGGGGGCGGUGCGGAGUGCUGCUACUACACGACGGACGACGCGCUGUCGCACGUGGGCUUCGGGAGGUUCCAGGCGUUGGUGCUGGCCUACGCCGGCGUGGGCUGGACCGCGGAGGCCAUGGAGAUCAUGCUGCUGUCCUUCGUCGGCCCGGCCGUGAAGGACGAGUGGGGGAUCUCAGGCCAGCAGCAGGGGCUCAUCACCAGCGUCGUCUUCGCCGGGAUGCUCAUUGGGGCUCUCUUCGGAGGCGCCCUCUCGGACACCUAUGGCAGAAGGACUGGUUUUCUGUUCACUGCAGUUGUCACUGGCAUGUUUGGUUUUCUCAGUGCUCUGUCACCUAACUAUAUAUGCUUAAUAGCCAUCCGAUUUGUUGUCGGUAUCGGAUUGGGUGCUGGCCAUGUUCUUGGUACUUGGUUCCUAGAGUUUGUUCCUGCUGCAAAGAGGGGUACUUGGGUGGUUGUCUUCCAUUGCAGUUGGACCUUUGGAACAAUCCUUCAGGCUCUAAUUGCAUGGGCCAUCAUGCCAGUACUUGGAUGGAGAUGGUUGAUAGCAUUGUCCUCGUCACCAUGUUUCAUUCUGCUUAUUUUUUAUGGUGUAACACCUGAAUCACCACGGUACCUCUGCUCAAGAGGCAGGACAGCUGAUGCUAAAUUUAUCUUGGAGAAGAUAGCAAAAAUGAAUAAUAUGGCUCUGCCCUCUGGCAUCUUGAUAGUUCCCCUGCAAAGAUCUGACAAUGGUGUUGAUCUGGAGACAAUAAGACCUCUAAUUAUUUCACAAGAUAAUGCUGCAACUGAUGUCGGCUUGAGCUCUAAAUCCAGAUCCAUUAAUGCAUUUCGUACACUCCUGUCACGAAGAUUUAUUAGAUCUACACUUCUUCUUUGGUUUGUCUUCUUUGCAUUUUCUUUUGCUUACUAUGGUAUAGUAUUGCUAACAUCGGAACUAAGCACUGGUGAAAAGUGGUGUGCACCUGUUGGAAUGCAUUUGAGGCAGCAAAAUGAUGCCAGAUUCUACAUAAAUGUCCUGGUGACUAGUAUUGCAGAAUUUCCUGGCCAGAUUUUGGCAGCUCUAUUGGUUGACAGAGUUGGUCGCAAACUGUCGAUGGGGGGAUUUGUGUUUUUGUGCUUUAUUUUCGUGGCACCACUUGCUGCACCUUUAGGAGAAGGUUUAGCAACCACCCUUUUAUUCAGUGCCCGGACUUGUAUCACGGCAAGCUAUGCUGUUCUGUAUAUUUAUGGCCCUGAGAUCUACCCUACGUCAUGCCGAAAUACCGGAGUUGGAGUCGCAACUUCUGUCGGACGGAUUGGCGGCAUGGUUGCGCCUCUCGUAGCUGUUGGUUUGUUAGAGAACUGUCAUCGGAAAGAAGCUGUGUUUGUCUUCGAUCUGGUACUCUGUCUUGCAGCGGUGGCUUGUGCCCUCUUCCCUCUGGAGACCAAGAACUGUCAGAUCCAAUGAGAUUUUAGGCUCACAAUCCAAAUCGAUGUACAUGUGGUGCUAUACCAGUGCAUUUAUAAGGAAGAAAUUUCCCCCUACUUUAUAUAUAGGGGUAUUUGUUGUACAUAUACGUCUGAAACAAAUGACAAAAAUCUGUACAUGACGAGACCCCUGUGCUGCCGGGACGAGGGAACCGCUCCGCGCCUGCACCCUGUGUUGCCAAACAUUUUCGGUACAUAAUUUCCUGAAAGUUGUAAUGUUUCACAGGAAAUCUAUUGUUGCAAUGAUUUCAUAAGGAA